AUGGCGAUUUGGCGAGGGUGGCGUCGCAGUGGCGUAGUAUGUAGUGCCACGCCCGGAAGGGGACUGCGCGACUGGACAUUUCAUUUGGCCCGGGCGCGGCGUCCAGCUGCUUGCUCACUAGCGCUCACUGCUCACUUUCCAACACACACACGCGCGGGCGCGUGUCUCUGGCCCACUCACAGCACACCUACCUCUCCAACAACACACCCUCCGCCAUCCUCCGCCUUCGCCGCGCCUUCACCUCUCCCACCACCUCCUCUGCGUUCACACAUUCCACCCACGCCCUCUGCCCUCCGUCCACAACGCCACCUCCUCUCCACCCGCGGGCAUCGGCACCCCCGAGCUCAGGAACGCCAUUCUUAGCCUCUCCAUUGAACCCCUCGACGAGAUCUAUGUACAGACAGACACGCUCGCGCUCGCCGGCGCCCGCAUGCGCACCCCCCGACACGUCGCGCGACUCUUCGUGAACUAAAUCUCAGGCUUCGUGUCAAGCAGCCCUCCCUUUUUCAACAUCACGGAUGGACAUGGAUACGGGCGUUGGACCUGGAGUCAGGGCGGGGGCCGGGGCAGGGCCAGUGCGCCCGGAGAGCACAAUGCCGCUGGGUUUGAUCGCGUGGUGGUACGGGGGCUUCGUGACGAAGGGGCGCGCGAGUGGGGGUGAGUUUCUGGAGCAGAUCGAGUGAGAGCAGCUGACGGGCUAGGGGGCCGUCGUCAAGACACGCACUCUAUGACAUGUUUGGAAGGCAGCGGGGUGGCGGUUCGUCGAUGAAAGGGGAUGCGGCUCAGGCGCGGUGCGAGGCUCGGAGGAACAGAGCACGGCAUACUACCUUCGCGUACGGCGGUGCACACGCGCAUACAGGUAAGGGACACGCGCGCGCGUGCUCGAGCGCGAAGAUCAUACUAGCUUCAUGCAAAGUCCAUCAACGCCCACGACACAUGUCGCACGACGCACAGCGCGACGGCGCUAUCCUCUGCGUCGCGUAUGAGAAAAGCGCGAAUUGGACAACGCCAGACAACUGAUCAGGGCCGACGCGAUGUUGCCAGGGCUCGUGCACAUCAUUGCUCUACGAACUGACGACGUCCAUCGUGCGCCGAGCGCUGGCGUUCGCGGUUCUGCCAGCGCCGAGCUCCUCGCGUGAGCGCGUACAUGCCGCGACUCGCUCAUCUCAAGGCACGCAUGUGCACCCGGCUAGGUCCAUCCUACAGACGCUCGCGCAGAAGGACUGUGCAUACGUGAGGGUCGUGCAGAGCGAGACCACCCGGUGUUUACACAUAGGCCAAUGGUCGUGUCGGAUGAAUAUGCGCAGAAACAUCUGGCGCAGGUAUAGGCUAUGUACGUGUUUCGCGGCUACAAUAUACAUAUCAGACACAGAAGAAGAUACUCAUCCG